UGAUACAACACAGUGAUAAAAUGUACCAGAAUAUCAAACACGGUACAAUGCUCCAAUGGCAUGUUUUCAAAUAAGUAAUCGCAGCUAACUUCCCGCCAACCAAAAAUCAUAGAUUCUUAUAUUUUAAGGAUUGUUUCCAAGUCUCGAAAGAUAACGCAACAACAUAAUGGGAUCAGGUACUUCAAACAAUGCAGCCCAGGUUGCUAGGCAAUCAAGCAUGCCAUUGACCCAAGACAGCAAAAGGAAACGUAAACCCAGACGACAAUUAUUGAAGCGAGAUAAGUACGGGGACGUGUUUUACUACGACAAGGAUCAAGACUGGUUUUACUAUCUAGACGCUAACGGUACAAAGUACUACAAAAAUGAAAAUGGAUUUCUGUUCUAUCUGGAUGAGAACGAUCAGCCUUACGUGAUGGACAAUAAUGGGGAAAAGGUUUAUUUGGAUGAGAAUGGAGAACCAGUCACCUUAAACUCGGAACAGCUUCCAUCUCAAGCUGAGCUGGACCAAGAAAGGAUAAGUUUGAAGAAUGACGAGAAUGUACCAUCAUCUGCUAGGGGAGUACGAGUGUCAGAAAAACAUCUGACUGAUGAACUAUAUUCCUCUCUGAGUUAUUAUAUCCAUUCAGGAGAUAGAGGCAGAAAUAGUGAAGAACAGAACAUUGGUCAGGCUACAACCCAACCAGACCCCAGAAGUCCUGAUUCUGCAAUUCCUACCACAUCAAGUGCAUCUGUACGAUUCUGGCCCUCAUAUCAAACACCGCCAUUGUUUGAAGGAGAAGAAUUAGGUCACGGAAGGAUUCCAUACGUGGAAAUCAUUGAUCAUCGUAAAAGACCAGACACGCCCAAUAGUAUUGACAGUAGUGAACUGUUUGAAGGCACUAUCUCACCAUACUCAAGCUUGUCGUAUGUGAGCAAAGAUUAUAACAGAGAAGCCCUGGUAACACCAACGUACCUAAAGGAUGAGACAGACUUGAUAGAGACACAGCUGACUGCACAAACUGAGGCAGAAAACAAGAUUCUUCAGAAACAGCUGAAAAUAGCACAAGAAAAAUCAGCGCUCCCAAGGGCAAAGAACUUCCAGAAAUUAGGAAUGUUUCCAGUCAAAAUCCAGGAGGAUGUUUCUGACUGUGCAAUAAGUGGGGCAGCGUUUCUGCCAAAUGGUCAGCUUGUGCUUGCGGAAAAAUGACUUCCUAGUGCAUGUGGUGUUCAAAAAUGCUAUCUGCAACGGGAUAAAAGUGUACCAAGUUGAGAACAACAAUUUCACUCACAAGAACACCAUGACCACGCCAUGGCCAAUUGGCGCCAUUGGAAGGAGCAAUGCUGGAAUCGCUGUAAUGCAAUUCAAAGAAGAUGCAUGGCAAAUUAAUUUGCUAGAUUUGAAAGGCAAGAUUCUACAGGAAAUUGAUCUGAAAAAAGAAGGCUACACCCUGGCGCAACCGGAAUGCCUUUUCAUCACCCAGUAAUUAAACUUUGUUAUCUCAGAUAGGGGCCACAACUCUGUUUUAUGUCUCAAUAUGCAUGGGGAUGAACUCUUCAACUACAAACAUCUACGAGAGCCAUUGGGGGUCUGCAGCGAUGCAAAAGAUUCGCUGUUCAUUUCAGGCGCAGGCCUUGUGCAUCAGAUUUCAAAAUCAGGGGAGAGAAUCUGGCCUCUGAUGACAAGGGAGACAAUUGGGUUCAUUGCGGUCAAUAUUUCUUAUGACCCUGUUGAUGGAUUACUGGUGCUCAGUGGACUGAACAAUUGCGUGGCUGCUUUUGCUAUUCUUGAAACCUGACUGUGUAGCAAAGGCAGAUUCUUUUUUUGUGGUGGUGUUUUUUUUAAA